GGGCAGGUAACGUCACUGUGCAAACUCCAGCCUGCCCGCCCAGGCCUCUCUCUGCCUCUCGGCCCUUCAACCCCGCCAAUCCAAAAAGAAUGGCGUGCCAAGGCCAGCAAGACUCCAGCUCGAAACGUCCACUCGUCUUAGGCCACACUGACUUGACUGCAGGGCAUCCAGUCUAUUCAGUCUAUUCAGUCUACUCACCUGCACCUCCUCAACUGGUCCCCCUCGGCCCUCCCUCACACACGCGCCGAGUGCGAUCGCGACUGCGACCCUUAGCUUAUUGUGGUGUCGACGUCCUCAUCCAGCGGGGCCACUAUCAGCUGCUCAACUGCUCCACCUCCGGCCGUCUAUCGUCUCAGUCCUCUCUCCCCCUCCUCCUCGAGUCGACUCCCCGCCACCCCGGCCCUCCCUCUUCGAGCAAGCAGUGUGACGACCACCAAACACCAAGAAAAGGACCGCACCACCAGCCAGCCAGUCCAUCAUGUCCAACACCGACUUCCUCGGUCGCGCAAUCGACCAGGUGCGCAAGGCCAUCGAGGCUGAUAACGCCGCCCAGUACGACAAGGCCUACCAGAUGUACUACCAGUCGCUAGAGCUGUUCAUGCUCGCCCUCAAGUGGGAGAAGAACCCAAAGUCCAAGGAGAUGAUCCGCACCAAGACCGCCGAGUACAUGGACCGCGCCGAGAAGCUCAAGGCCCACCUGUCCGACGCCGACGCCAAGCGCAAGAAGCCAGGCAUGGUCGGCGCCAACGGCUCGUCCACCGCCGGCACUGCUAAGGGCAAGGAAGACGGCGAGGACGGCAACGGCGCCCCCAUCGACGAGGACAGCAAGAAGCUGCGCAACGCCCUAGCCGGCGCCAUCCUGCAGGACCGCCCCAACGUCAAGUGGGAGGACGUCGCCGGCCUCGAGGGCGCCAAGGAGGCCCUCAAGGAGGCCGUGCUGCUGCCCAUAAAGUUCCCCCAGAUGUUCCAGGGCAACAGGAAGCCCUGGAAGGGUAUCCUGCUCUACGGGCCCCCCGGUACGGGAAAGAGUUACCUGGCCAAGGCGCUGGCCACCGAGGCCAAGAGUACCUUCUUCAGCGUGAGCAGUUCGGAUCUGGUGAGCAAGUGGAUGGGAGAGUCAGAAAGGCUCGUCAAGCAACUCUUCAACAUGGCCCGCGAGAACAAGCCAUCCAUCAUCUUCAUCGACGAGGUCGACGCGCUGUGCGGCCCCCGAGGCGAGGGCGAGUCGGAGGCGUCGAGGCGCAUAAAGACCGAGAUGCUGGUGCAGAUGGACGGCGUCGGCAAGGACUCCACCGGCGUGCUGGUGCUCGGCGCGACCAACAUCCCCUGGCAGCUGGACGCGGCCAUCCGGCGGCGUUUCCAGCGCCGCGUGCACAUCUCCCUGCCCGACAUCGCCGCCAGGACCACCAUGUUCAAGAUCGCCGUCGGCGACACCAAGACGAGCCUCAAGUCCGAGGACUACAGGGAGCUGGCCAAGCUGAGCGAGGGCUACUCGGGCAGCGACAUCGCCGUCGCCGUGCAGGACGCCCUCAUGCAGCCCGUCCGCAAGAUCCAGCAGGCGACGCAUUUCAAAAAGGUGAACGUCGACGGCGAGUCACGAGUGACACCCUGCUCGCCGGGCGAGCCCGACGCGAUAGAGAUGACGUGGGAGGAGGUCGACACGGACCAGCUGCUCGAGCCCAUUGUCGACUUCAAGGACUUUGUCAAGUCCAUCAAGUCGUCGCGGCCUACGGUAUCACAGGAGGAUCUCAAGAGGAACUCAGAGUGGACACACGAGUUCGGCAGCGAGGGCUCAUAGUCUUUUUGUGCCGGGCGGGCCAGUGGUGGGCACAGCAACAAGGGCACUCUCCCACACGGAAUACUACACCAGCCAGGAGGGCCAUCCUUAAGCGAGGCGGGCCUCGAGCCUUGCCAACGUGAUCUGGGGUCAUUCAGGUCGGUAGAGGAGAGAAUUAGGUGCACUCGCGCGUGCGGGAGGGGAAGGGGGCAAGUGAGGCUGCGUGGAUGGCGCACGCAGCUAUAACUGGCUUGGAUGGAGUCCAUCUGGAUGGGGGGAAGACUCGCACCGGCGAGCGCUGGGUCAGGCGGUGGCGGCGAUCUUGUGGUGGUGUGUGACGUGGAUAUCACGUUAACUCGAGAGGCAAGCAAGCGAGCGAGCGAGCAAGCAAGCAGACGGGCGUCGCGGCGUUAAUCUUCUGAGCGAACAAACAAAGCAUAGUGGUCGGCUUGGGCAGGCCGGAUGGGAGGGUCGAUACAUUUAUGGCAAGGAACUGACAAAAUAAAAGAGAGUGGUAGCCUGUGUAAAAAAAUCCAUGAUAAUCAUCAAG